CUACAUACGUUGCAGUGCUAGGACUUGUCCAUUAUCACUACCAACCAAAUUCUUGCUUCUCUCUCUCUUUCUCAAACUCUUUUACUUUCAAAAGGGUACAAAGAAUUAGGGUCUUGCAAAAUGAGGAAGCGACAGGUAGUUGUGAGAAGAGAAGAGCCAUCAAGGUGUUCAACAACUUCAGCUCAGACUAUUACGACUGUGAGAUAUGCGGAGUGCCAAAAGAAUCAUGCAGCUAGUGUCGGAGGUUAUGCCGUUGAUGGCUGCAGGGAGUUCAUGGCUAGUGGGGAGGAAGGGACAAAUGGUGCACUCACUUGUGCUGCCUGUGGCUGCCACAGGAACUUCCACAAGAGGGAAGUGGAGACUGAAGUGGGAUAUGAACAAGCUGCAAAUUCUUCAAAUGGGACAUAGAAUUGAAUAAUAUAUAUAGUAUGUGUUCAUGGAUGUUGAUCAUUUUAUGUAUUGGUGUAUUUUUCUUUCCUGGUGUGUGAUGGUUGUUGAAGUCUUUGUGUUUGAUGCUGAAGACUAAGCCUCAUGUAAUAUAGGUUUGUGAUAAAGGGGAAAAAUAUGAGUAUGUAAUGAUGAGUCAUUCUCCCUCCUUUCAAUUUUCAGAUUGGGGCAAAUCAUCAUAAGAGGUAAUUCUCAUUCUGAUUCAUGAGCACAAGACAUUUCAGCUUUGGUGUGUUAUUGUGCUAGUUGAGUAGCUACGGAGAAGUGCAUAUCAAAGGAGAUUUGGGAAUAUAUAUUAGAUGUAAUGAAGUUGCAAUACAUAUAUAUGUGUAUCAAUUGAUGAAGUGUGAGAUGCUUUACAUAGUACUUUUCAGAAGAAGGGCUUCAAUUUCAUGUUCUAUAACA